AUGCCUGCCAGUGAUCCAGGAAAGCCUCAGGACCUGUUUGUGGAGGAUGUCCCAACAGAGGCUGAGCGCAAGCUCAACCGAGAGACCCUCAAUAGACUCGACUUGGUUUUGAUGCCAAUGACGCUGAUCCUGUACUUGCUGGCUUGGCUGGACCGAGCAAAUGUCGGCAAUGCUCGAGUAGCUGGCUUGGAUACCGACCUUAACCUCAGCGACCACCAGUACAAAGUUGCAAUCACGGUGACCUACGUGCCCUACAUCCUCUCCGAGCUUCCUUCCAACCUGAUCCUAAAGAAAAUCGGCCCUCGAAUCCUACUCCCAACCCUCUGCACGGCCUGGGGCCUCGUCACAAUCCUGCAAUGCGAAGCCCGCAACUUCAGCGGCUUUGUAGCCUGUCGCUUCUUCCUCGGCCUUUGCGAGGGCGGCCUCUUCCCAGGCAUAGUCCUGUACCUCUCUGGAUUCUACCGGAGGAACGAACUUCAAGUCCGAAUCGCCCUCUUCUUCUCCGCCGCCUCUUUGAGCGGCGCAUUUUCUGGCCUCUUGGCAGCAGCGAUUCAGCAGAUGGACGGGAUCCGUGGUCUUCGCGGGUGGCAGUGGAUAUUCAUUCUGGAGGGCCUCUUCACCGUCUGCUUUGGCCUGUUCUCCUUCGCCAUGCUUCCAAAUACGCCCGAGACCGUCAUGACCUUCACACCGCGUCACAAAGAACACUGCCUCCGCCGUCUCCAAUCCGACGCCAACCUCUUCGAGUCAGACAAGGUCACCACCAAGAAGGUUUUCUCCGUCUUCAAAGACAUCCACGUCAUCCUCGUCUCGGCCAUCCUCUUCUGCAGCGGAACCUGCCUCUUCGGACUGGCCUACUUCUCCCCGUCAAUCGUACAGGCCAUGGGGUACUCCAACACCCGAACCCAGCUUAUGACCGUGCCCCCUUACGCCGUUGCCUUUGUCGUAACGAUGAUCACGGCGUUCAUCGCAGACCGGUACCGCCAACGUGGGCUCUGCGCCUUCGCAACAACCCUCAUCGCCUUGGUCGGCGCCGUACUCAUGCUCGUCGGCCGCAGUAUUGCAAUCCGAUACACGGCGCUUAUCCUGCUGGUUACGGGUAUCUACGCCGCAGCCCCGUGCCUCAUCUCCUGGGUGCCCAAUAACACGGCAGGCCAUGUGCGCCGCGCGACGGCGGUCGCGAUUGGGUUUGUCUCGACUAGUUCCGGCGGUGUGUUGAGUACAUGGUUGUAUCCGAGAAGCUCGGCACCGUAUUAUAUUCUGGGUGCGAGGGUGAAUCUCGCGAUGAUUGUGGUGAUGCUGGUGGGAUUGGUUGCCCAAGUGGGUGUUUUGCGGUGGCUGAAUGCGCAGAAGGAGGUGAGGAGCUCGGAGUUUCUUACGCGGCUUGGUUUGGAGGGGAGGACCUUUGAGGACCAGUUUGAGGUGCUGGGGGAUAGACAUCCGAGUUAUCGGUAUACGUAUUGA